AUGGACGCAUUCUCAGGGUACAAUCAAAUACUCAUGCAUCCAGAAGACCAAGAGAAGACGUCAUUUGUCACUGACCGCAGGAUCUAUUGCUACAAAGUCAUGCCAUUCGGGUUAAAAAACGCCGGCGCAACUUACCAGCGGCUAGUCAAUGCAAUGUUCAAAGACCAGCUAGGGGACACCAUGGAGGUCUACAUAAAGACAUGCUGGUCAAAUCCAAAAAUUCUCAUGACCAUGUGUCACACCUACAACAAUCGUUCGACAUCAUUCGAAGGUAAAUUCAUGGGGUACAUCGUCACGAAGCGAGGCAUCGAGGCUAGCCCAGAUCAAAUCAAGGCUAUCCUUAACAUCCAAUCACCGCGAAAUGUGAAGGAAGUGCAGAAGUUAACGGGACGUGUUGCCGUGUUGAAUCGCUUCAUCUCAAAGUCCUCGGAUAAAUGCCGAUUGUUCUAUGACGUCCUAAAGAAAAACAAAGGAUUUCACUGGACGCCAGAGCAUGAACAGGCUCUCCAAGAUCUCAAACAGUACCUCAUGACGCCACCGUUGCUGUCAAAGCCAAUAGCCGACGAGCCAUUACUGCUAUAUGUCGCCGUCAGCGAGUCAUCGGUAAGUGCCGUCCUAGCUAGGGAAGGACAAGACGGACAAUUGCCAGUAUACUAUGUAAGUAAGUCAUUGGUCGACGCCGAAACCAGGUAUUCCUCUCUAGAAAAACUCGUCUUAGCAAUAGUGUCGGCGUCCAAACAAUUAAAACACUAUUUUGAAGCUCAUUCUAUCUGUGUCAAAACUAACUAUCCCGUCAAGUCUAUUUUAAGGCAUCCAGAACUGACAGGCAGAAUGAGCAAGUGGGCAAUAACGUUAAGCAGCUACGACAUCACUUAUCAACCUCGAACAGCGAUAAAGUCGCAAGCAUUAGCGGAUUUUGUGGCUGACUUUAGCCCUACACUAGAGGCAAUAGCCCAAACAGAGGUAAUUAUGCUUGAAGUUAAUACAACUAACAGUAAAUGGAUCUUGCAUGUAGAUGGAUCUUCCAACUUUCGGGGUGCCGGUUUAGGCGUAUUGCUAAAGUCGCCACAAGGGGACAUCAUAGCCCGAGCUAUCAGUUGCGACUUCAAAGCUACCAACAACGAGGCAGAGUACGAGACGAUGUUGGCAGGAUUAACAUUGGCUAAAGACUUAAAAGCUACUGAAGUAGAAGCAUAUAGUGAUUCAUUGCUCAUCGUCAGCCAAAUAAAAGGGGAAUUUGCCGCCAAAGACUCCAAAAUGACGGCAUAUUUGGACGCCGUCCAAUCAAAGGGACCAAAACACGCAAGCAGACGCAUUGGCAAACAUUGGGUCAGCCAUGAGAAAGUCAGGGUUCAAAAGCAUACCUAUAGUCCAUCUGUCGUCGCCAGCAGUCCACAAAGCAAUGCAACCACAGCUGAUGACGUCAACGACAUCGCGAUGGACGUCAAUGACAUCGACGUCAGUAAUGCUGCAACUGCGUCAACAAGUUGGCAGACCCCGUUCAUCCAAUAUCUUAAAGAUGGUAUCCUCCCCGAAGAUAGGCUACAAGCCAGAAAGGUACGAUUCAGGGCCUCUUUGUAUGUUUUACUUGACGGUAUACUCUUUCGGACGUCCAUUGCAGGACCAUACUUAAGAUGCCUUGACGGCGACGAAUGCCGACAAGUGUUGCAAGAGAUGCACGAUGGAUGUUGCGGCAAUCAUUCAGGAGGACGCAGCCUGUCAAACAUAACUUUACGCAUGGGAUUUUAUUGGCCGACGCUACGACAAGACGCCGUCGAAUACGCUAAGAAAUGCGACGCCUGCCAGCGAGAUGCUGCCAUGUCACAUAAACCUGCAGAAAGGCUGCACCCUACUAUCACCCUUUGGCCCUUCAUGAGGUGGAGAAUGGACAUCGUGGGAAAACUCCCUCAAGCACCGGGGCAAAAGGUGUUCAUGUUAGCUUUGACGGAUUAUUUCUCCAAAUGGAACGAGGCCGACUCCUUCACCCAGGUACGCGAUAAAGAGGUUAUUACUUUUAUAUGGCGUAUCAUAUGCAGGUUCGACGUUCCCUCCGAAAUCAUUUGCGACAACGGUUCUCAAUUCAUAAGCACGCCCACAAGGAAUUUCCUGGCUAAGUGGAACAUACAACUCAGCACCGCGACGCCCAGAUAUCCACAGACCAACGGUCAGGCCGAAUCUAGCAACAAGUCGAUCCUCAAAGUCAUCAAAAGGCGUCUCAGAGCCGCCAAAGCUGUCCUCCCUCCCGAGGUGCGCGUUCCGACGUCGCGUUAUGGGUUGCUGACGCCAGAUAGGAAUGACGAGGAGUUAAGCCACGACAUUGUGACGAGUGAAGAAUUAAGAGAGGCAGCCCUUGUUCGAAUGGCGUCACAACAGCAGAUAGUAGCUAGAAGCUUCAAUAAAAACGUCAAGGCUAAAACAUUCAGCGUCGGAGAUUGGGUCUUGAGGGAAGUUUUUCAAAAUACUAAGGAACUCAAUGCGGGGAAGUUAGCACCAGCAUGGGAAGGCCUAUACAAGAUUCAAAAAGUAGUAGGUAAUGGCGCCUAUCGUAUAUGCACCAAGGAUGGCAAACCUGUGCCAAGGAGUUGGAACACCGUUCAUCUUAAACGCUAUCAUUUUUGA